CUCUGUUGCCCAGGUUGGAGUGCACCGGCAUGAUAAAGGCUCAUUGCAGCUUUGAUUUCCCAGGCUCAAGCAAUCCUCCCACCUCAUCCUCCCAAAGUGCAGGGAUUACAGGUGUGAGCCACUGCACCUGACCUCAUAUUUGUAUUUACAAAUAUUUUAGACAUUUGAAAUAUUACAGUAUUCAGAUCUACUUACAAAAUGAAUGAAAAUGACUGUGUAUCAAGAUACUAACAUGAUUUUGUGACAUGACUAUAGCAGUCUUAUAAGUAAAUUCGGAGUAGUUUAGCAGAUCUAAAAUUUGUAGUAACAUUUAGGCUAGGUGCAGUGACUCACGACUCACGACUGUAAUUUAGUACUUGCAGAGGCCUAGGCGGGUGGAUCACUUGAGGCCAGGAGUUCAAGACUGGCCUGGCCACAUGGUGAAAUCUUGUCUCUACUGAAAAAAAAAAAAAAAAAAAAAAAUUAUCCAGGCAUGGUGGUGCAUGCCUGUAGUCCCAACUACUCAGGAGGCUGAGUCUUGAGAAUCACUUGAACCCAGGAGGCAGAGGCUGCAGUGAGCCAAGAUCAUGCCACUGCAUUCCAGCCUCGGUGACAGAGCAACACUGUCUGAAAAAUAAAAAACAAAAUGCAGAGGAACAUUUUAAACCAUCACAUGUCACUCUGAAGCUUGCUUGUUUCUUAAAAUUAAACAUUUGCUUGGUUGUAGGAGAAAGUAGCAAACAUUCUAGGUGACCACACUGCAGCCUAUGAAAGUGGAUUUCUGACACUGGGCUCCAGCUUCAUUUCCUCAGGGUCUUUGUAGGAGGGCAAGCAUUUGAACAGCGUCCAGGUCACACUCCCAUUAUGCUGUCCUGAACCUCCUCCUAGGGGCAAAUGGUGGAAGUGAUAUAGAAAUGGACAGAGCAGGCCACAAACUUUAACAUAAGAUCCUCUGUGUGUGUGUGUGUGUGUGUGUGUGUGUGUGUGUGUGUGUGUAUUUUAAUUGAAGUAUAAUUGAUGUGCCAUAAAACUGACUCUUGUAAAGUGUACAAUUCAGUACUUUAGCUGCAUUCACAGCUAUGCAACUAUCACCACUAUCAUUUCAGAAGAUUUCUUCGCUCCCUGAAAGAAACUCCGUAUCCAUUGGUGGUCACUCCCCAUGAUCCCUUCUCAGCCCUAGGCACCCACUCAUUUACUCUCUGUGUCUAUGGCCUUGCCUACUCUGCACAUUUUGUACACCUGGAAUCAUAUACUCUGCUGUCCUUUGUGUCUAGCUUAUUUCACUUAGUGUGUUGUCAAGGUUGUAGCAUGGAUCAAUACUGCCAAGAAACAUUCCAAUGUAUGGAGAUACCACAUUUUGCUUAUCCAUUUGUCAGUUGAAGAGCUUUUGGGUUCUAUUCACUUUUUGGCUUUUAUAAAUAAUGCUGCCAUGAACGUUUGUGUACAAAUUUUUGUGUAAACAUAUGUUUGCAAUUCUCUUGGGUGUAUAGCCAGAAGUGGAAUUGCUGGGUCAUAGGGUGAUACAGCACAACUCUGUGUUUAAGAUUUUGAGUGGCGGGGGGCGGUGGCUCAUGCCUGUAAUCCGAGCAUUUUGGGAGGCUGGGACAAGUGAAUUACCUGAGGUCAGGAGUUCAAGACCAGCCUGGCUGACCUAGUGAAACCCCAUCUCUACUAAAAAUACAUAAAUUAGCGGUGACGCAUGCCUGUAAUCCUAGCUAUUCGGGAGGCUAGGGCAGGACAAUUGCUUGAACCCGGGAGGUAGAGAUUGUGCUGAGCUGAGACCACACCACUGCACUCCAGCCUGCACUUUUUGAGACUCUGUCACCAAAAAAAAAAAAGGAUUUUGAGAAAGCCAUCAACAUGGAGAAACCCAGUCUUCACAAAAAAAAGUGGGUUGGGGGAGGGAGCGCACAACUUGCGCGCACCCUCUCCCUCGUCCACCGCUGCCGCCUCCUUCUUCUGCGCUGCUGGUGCUGCUUGUGUGCUCCAGGACCUGGUACCUCUUUUGUGAAGAGGCAGCUGAGGAGACUCCGGCGCUCGCCAUGGCCGACGAAAAGCCCAAGAAAGGAGUCAAGACUGAGAACAACGAUCAUAUUAAUUUGAAAGUGGCGGGGCAGGAUGGUUCUGUGGUGCAGUUUAAGAUUAAGAGGCACACACCACUUAGUAAACUAAUGAAAGCCUGUUGUGAAGGUCAGGGAUUGUCAACGAGGCAGAUCAGAUUCCGAUUUGUUGGGCAACCAAUCAAUGAAACAGACACACCUGCACAGUUGGAAAUGGAGGAUGAAGAUACAAUUGAUGUGUUCCAACAGCAGACUUUUUUUUUUUUUUUUCCCCGAGACGGAGUUUCCCUCUUGUUACCCAAGCUGGAGUGCAAUGGCGCGAUCUCGGCUCACCGCAACCUCCGCCUCCUGGGUUUAAGCAGUUCUCCUGCCUCAGCCUCCUGAGUAGCUGGGAUUACAGGCAUGCGCCACCAUGCCCAGCUAAUUUUUUUUUUUAGUAGAGACGAGGUUUCACCAUGUUGACCAGGAUGGUCUCGAUCUCUUGACCUCGUGAUCCACUCGCCUCGGCCUCCCAAAGUGCUGGGAUUAUAGGCGUGAGCCACCGCGCCCGGCCGGGAACCCUGCUUCUUUACUUCAGAACUCUGUUCUUUAAAGACCAAGAUUACAUUCUCAAUUAGAAAACUGCAAUUUGGUUCCACCACAUCCUGACUACUACAGCAUAGUUUCUCUAUUCUUUCAUUUUCCCCUUCCCCAUUUCUUUAUUGUACAUAAAGUAAGUGGUAUAUGUGCACAAGCAUAGUAUUUUUUUGUUUUUUAACAGCCAAUGGUAUGUUUUGAUUGAUAUCAAGUGGAGACGGGAUGGGGAAAAAUACUGAUUCUGUGAAAAUACCCCCUUUCUCUAUUAGUGGCAUGCUCAUUCAGCUCUUAUCUUUAUAUUCCAAUAAGUUAUUUUGCUCUCACUGUUUUAACAAAAAAACAACAUAAAAAUCUUUGCAUACCUUGUUUGAUUGGAGACUUUUAAUGUUUUUCAUUUAUCAUUGUAAAACCAAGGACAAUUUUAUAACUUUUUUGUGCGUAGCUGUUACAUGUAGGGCAAUCUGUCUUUAAGUAGGGAUAAAUUACUCUAAAACAAAAUAAAAAAAGAAUCCUAGAUAGUUUUCCCUUCAAGUCAAGCGUCUCGUUGUUUAAAUAAACUUCUU